AUCACAAGAUUUCUUUAUGCCCUCCUCUCUUCCCAGGAUCCCCAACUAUCUGCUCCUUUCACCAGCUUUGCUCAACAGCUAGGCGACAUCUUAUCGCGCAGCUAUCAUGAAAAGUGUAUUUCAGAAUGUCACCGUCAACGGCGAGGCAUCUGGAUCACAGCAACCACCGAAAUCGCAGAAGACGAUGACCAAGGCAGAGAGAAGGGAGCUACAAGAGAAACAGCGCGCUGCUAAGGCUGUUUCAAAGACUCCGGGUGCUCCAGGGGGAGCCGCCAAUGCUAAAGGAGGCGCGAAACCAUCGGUACCCGCACCAAGCACUCCUACGGCCAAGAAGGUUAGGAGAGGUACCGAUGCUGCUAUGACGAAGCCAGCAGGAGCUGGCAAGGAUGUACUGAGUAUCGUUGGAGAAGAUACAGCUCGUGGUCUCAGGAUAUUCUCGCAUUUUGGGCUACCCAAACCCCCUGGCCAGGCGAAAGGAGAUAUACACCCUACAAUCGUACGUCUAGGCCUUCAGUUCUCAGAAUUCAAGAUCUCAGGUGCAAAUGCGCGGUGUAUUGCGACGCUCACAGCGUUCAAAACUGUGAUCCAAGACUAUGUCACCCCUCCCAAUAAUACGCUGUCGAGACAUCUGAUGACUCAUCUUUCCCCACAAAUAACAUAUCUCGUUUCCGCAAGACCGAUGUCAGUUACAAUGGGAAAUGCAAUCAGACAGCUAAAGCUUGAAAUCAGUGGAUCCGAUAUCGAUCUUCCAGAACAAGAUGCAAAAGAUGCGUUGUGUCGGAAGAUCGAUAACUAUAUACGUGAUCGCAUCAUUAUCGCCGACCAAGUCAUCCAAGAGACUGCUGGAAAGAAAAUUAAAGAUGGUAACGUGAUAAUGACAUACGCUAGAUCGUCAGUGGUAGAAAAAGUACUUCUUCGCGCUCACGCGGAAGGCAAGCAAUUUUCUGUAAUCGUGGUCGACUCGAGACCAAUGUUAGAAGGAAAAAAAUUGUUAGCUGUUCUCUCGUCCGUCGGCAUACCAUGCACAUACCUUUUAUUACCGGCUGUCGGCUCCAUCAUCACGGAAGUAUCGAUCGUGCUAGUUGGCGCUCACUCAUUACACUCAAAUGGCGCCGUGUUUUCGAGGGCUGGAACUGCAUUGGUGGCUAUGAUGGCCAAGCAGCAUUCAGUACCUGUCGUCGUUUGCUGUGAAACCUAUAAGUUUUCUGACAACGUACAACUGGAUAGUUUCAUCAAAAAUGAGCUUGCUCCCGAAGGCGACCUCUUCUCAUCGUUUCCCUUAACGCGACCCAAAAAUACCUUGACUCUUCACGGUCAAGCAAAUCUAGAAAUCUUGAAUCCUUUGUACGACCUAACGCCUCCCACAAGCAUCACCGCAGUGGUGACAGAAGUUGGUGUCAUUCCCCCUAGUUCUAUCAGCUCGAUACCUUUAGCCUUAGGCCGCACUACAAUUUGAGAUGAAUCAUUCAAUUAUACUGCUAAGUUACGAUUAAUUACACUGGACUUGGGGCAUCUCGUAUGUAUGCUUAGACUUGUGUGGUGUACGUAUGUGGUCAUUUGCAAGUGUAUAUUGUUCGGCCAAGUACUACUUGUAACUCAUAGCUUUGUAGCGUGCUUUCGAAACUCGUUUUAAUUUAUACAAUCGCUUUGUUGUGUCGGAGUAGUUAUAUCACACAGGAAGUCU